AUGAAUGGGGAGAAUUUGUAUCAGUGUACAGAGUGUGGCAAAGCCUUCAGCAUUAAUGCAAAAUUAAUUUGGCAUCAAAAACUUCACGGUGGGCAGAAACCCUUCAGAUGUGUGGAGUGUGGGAAAAGCUUCAGCUACAGUUCCCAUUACAUCACACAUCAGACAAUCCACAGUGGGGAGAAGCCCUAUCAGUGUCAGGUGUGUGGGAAAGCCUUCAGUGUCAAUGGAAGUCUAAGCAGGCAUCAGAGAGUCCACACAGGAGAGAAGCCCUAUCAGUGCAAGGAGUGUGGAAAUGGUUUCAGCUGCAGUUCUGCAUAUAUUACUCAUCAAAGAGUCCACACUGGGGAGAAACCUUAUGAAUGUAAUGACUGUGGGAAGGCUUUCAAUGUGAAUGCAAAAUUAAUUCAGCAUCAGAGAAUCCACACUGGAGAGAAGCCUUGUGAAUGUACUGAAUGUGGGAAAGGCUUCAGGUGCAGCUCCCAGCUUCGGCAGCAUCAGAGCAUUCACAAUGGAGAGAAGCCCUUUCAGUGUAAGGAAUGUGGGAAAGCCUUCAGUAAUAAUGCUAAACUCAUUCAACAUGGAAGAAUCCACACAGGUGAAAAACCCUUUGAGUGCAGUGAAUGUAGAAAAGCCUUUAGCGUGAAGGGGAAGUUAAUCCAGCACCAGAGAAUCCACACAGGUGAGAAGCCUUAUGAGUGUAAUGAAUGUGGUAAAGCCUUCAGGUGUAACUCCCAGCUUCGGCAGCAUCUGAGAAUCCACACUGGGGAGAAGCCCUACAAGUGUAGUGAAUGUGGAAAGGCCUUCAAUGUUAAUGCAAAACUAAUACAGCAUCAAAGAGUUCACACUGGGGAGAAACCCUUUGAAUGUACAGAGUGUGGGAAAUGCUUUACUUCCAAAAGAAACUUACUUGAUCACCACCGAAUCCAUACUGGAGAAAAGCCUUAUCAGUGUAAGGAAUGUGGGAAAGCCUUCAGCAUCAAUGCCAAAUUCAUUCGACAUCAGAGAAUACACACAGGGGAGAAACCUUUCAAGUGUAUGGAAUGUGAAAAAGCAUUUAGCUGUAGUUCUGACUACAUUGUGCACCAGAGAAUCCAUACUGGAGAGAAACCCUUUCAGUGUAAGGAAUGUGGAAAGGCCUUCCAUGUUAAUGCCCACUUAAUUCGACAUCAGAAAAGUCACACUGGGGAGAAACCCUUUAGGUGUGUGGAAUGUGGCAAAGGCUUUAGCUAUAGUUCAGACUGUAUUAUACACCAGACUGUCCACACUUGGAAGAAAUCCUAUGUGUGUAAUGUGUGUGGGAGAGCCUUCAGGUUUAAUUUUCAACUUAGUCAGCAUCAGAGUGUCCACAGUGAAGUAAAAUCCUAAUAGUGAAAAGAAUUUAGAAAACUCAAGAUUAAUGUCAAAAUGGAUCAAGUUUCAUCAAAUUUGCCUUGUUGGAAACAAGAGGGUAAUUAAUAUGGUGGAGUCUUCACAUGGAAAUAAACCUUUUUGUUUUACUCAAUUUUCAA